UUAUUUUCUUUGGUACUUCUUUUUCUUUGAAAAGGCAGUUUUUAUAUCAGCACUCUCAUUAACCUCUUAGACCAAUGGCAACCGCUGAAUCAGCUUCUGCAAUUCAAAGAAACCAAGUUGAUCUCUUGGACUUCAUUGAUUGGUCUGGAGUUGAAUGCCUUAACCAAAGCUCUGGUCACCUUCUGGCCAAUGCUCUCAAGCAGGGUUAUAGAGAAGAUGAAGGAUUGAAUCUAGAGAGUGAUGCAGACGAACAGCUUUUGAUAUAUAUCCCUUUCACUCAAGUCGUUAAACUACAUUCCAUUGUUGUUAAGGGAUCCGAAGAGGAAGGACCUAAGACGGUGAAACUUUUUACAAACAGGCAGCAUAUGGGGUUUAGCAACGUCAAUGACUUCCCUCCAAGUGACACUGUCGUUUUAUCGCCAGAUAAUCUUAAGGGAAAACCGGUAGUCGUGAAGUACGUCAAGUUUCAGAAUGUCCGUAGCUUGACCAUAUUUAUCGAGGACAAUCAGUCGGGUUCUGAAAUCACUAAAGUUCAGAAGAUCGCUUUGUAUGGAUCAACGGUGGAAACGACAGACAUGAAGGGGUUGAAGAAGAUCGAGGAACAUUGACCCUGAAUGGAAAAUUAAGAACAUGGAUGAACCCUUAUGGCUUUGGGACACUAGUAGCAUUUGUUUUCAUUUUCUUGUUUUAGUUUUCAUCACUAAAUUACUUUGAUGGAAAAAGAAAAGAAUAUAAGAGAGCACCCGAACUGUGAAAAUACUAAAUUAUGUGACAGCAUCAACACUUUCACAUGGAAUUGUACAUGUUUAAAGUGGAUGUGAACUUCUUUGAUUGAUAACUCCUGCCUUAAAAAUUUUGAGUUUGAUUCAUAUUGUUCAA